AAACGGAAACAUGAUGCAAUGAACAGCUUACUGUCAACCAAUAGCCGUGAUGGUGAUGAAGAGAUUGAAGAAGACGAGGCUGGUACUUGGUUGGAUGAUGUGCAGGAGAGUUCCACGACACUCGACGACAUUGAAUUCGAUGCAGAACCCGAGAUAGACUUGAGUGUUGAUGGGUUCCUUGUGGUGUUGGCUGACUCGGCUCCUGACGGUGCAGGGAAGAAUAAGGGUAAGGGUAGGGCUGAGGAGAUACAGGUGCUUGAUAGUGGUGAUGACGAGUGGCCAACGGAAUGGCCUUAG